GUUAAUGAUUGUGUAUAAGGAAUUAUUUGAAACAGAUUGUUUAUAAACUAUCACACCAUUAUUACAUUGUUUGACAUUGAUUUAUGAAUGAAAAUCUAUAUGGAUUAUUUAAACUAGAAAGAUGUCAAUGAAGAAAAAUAAUUCCUUUCAUAUAUAAUAAUAUACAAAUAGAAUAACAAUUGUUUCUGUUCAAUCAACAGUGAAUAUCCGAACUCAUGAUUAAAAAAAUGCUGGGGCGUGUGAGGAAAAUCUGCUUGGUUGAACUAAGAUUUUGGUUUCCAAAUUUUUCAGCAUUACAAGUGCUGAUCCAAAUGCCGGAAAUAUAUCCCAAUAGAUUCAAAUGAUAAUUAUUCAAUAAAAUUUGUAAAUAAUUUCUAAUUUGUAAAUUGAUCAUCUCAAUUCAAUCUUAUUGAUCGUUGAAAAAGUCUGUUCUUUUUUCACUGAGAGAGAAAGAGGGAGAAGGUGGGGGUGGGGAAGAGAAAAAAAUCUUUACUCAAAUUUUAUUAUUUUACCCCAAAAAAAAUUUUUAUAUAUUUUUUUGUAAUGUUCCAUAUGAGAAUUGAUCAUUUCAUGAAGAAUAUUACUGAAAUAAUUUAAUAAAUCAUCAUUAUGUUAACAAAAUUGAUCAUAAUUUGAAAAAAAGCAUUUCUAUAACCAAGUUCUCAUAAUGAAAUUACAAUCUGUACAGAAAACAUCGAAAACAAAUAUUAUGAGAAAAAAAAGAGAACGUAAACAUCGAAGUAAAAUGUCUAAUACUGUGACAUUAUCAUCUUGUUUGCUAUUGUCUUCAUCUUUAGAUCAAACGAAAACAGUAAAUGAUGAAUUGAGUGAGAAACGUGUUAAUCUAAGAAAAGAACGAUCUCGUUUAGCUGCACAAAUUAGACGUAAUCGAGAAGGUCAAAGUUUAAUGCUAAUACAAAAUGCUCUACCAAUAUCUUCUCAUGUUUUAGGAUUAAAUUUAGUUCAACAAAAUUCAAAAUCAUCUAAUUCAAUCAAUGGAACGAAACAAAUAAAUCAAUCAUCAGAAAAUAAUAAUGUAAUUAAUUCAGGUACAAUUGGACGUGGACAAAAGAAGACUACCUAUUUUAAUUCAUCAAUGUCAAACACAAUGACAGGAUUUUUAACAACAACAUCAACAGAAAUAUCGUCAUCUGCAAUUUCUAAUAUACCAUCAGCUAUUAAUUUAGAAAAGACAAGAGUACUUCGUAUUGCUGGACAUACAUUAUUUCUUCUUAACAAAUUGUCUUCCUAUCUUAGAUUACAAGCAAAACUUUGUUUAACUUUAAAUAGUCAAUCAUUGUAUGGUAUGUUGAUUGAUGCAAAAGAAAUGAGAAUUGCUUAUGUAACACCUGCUUUAGCUAAAGCUAUUGGUUGGUCAUGGAUAAAACUUUUAGGUGCUCCUUUACAUAAAUUAAUAAAAUCUACAGGACUGUCUCAAAAUUCUACAGAGACUCAUACAAAAUUAUCAUCUAAAUCUCAAUAUUCUCCAUUCAUUUCAUCAUCUCAUUUCAAUAAAACAAUGAAAGCUUCAAUUACUUGUUCCUCUUAUCCUAUUCAUGAAACUUCUUGUACAAAUCUUACUUCUAUCAAUAGUAAUAAUGAAUAUAUUAGUAAUAUUACUGAUAAUGAAUUUAUUUUACCGGAAUUUAUUACUUUGUUAAAAUCCAACUCUAAUGAACAACAUUUAUUGUGUACAUCAAAAAAUAAUAAAUUGGAUGAGAGAAUAUUGAAUUCUUCCUUGAUAUUGGAUAAUAAUAUAAACAAUAAUAAUAAUAAUAAUAAUAAUAAUAAUACAAUGAAUACCACAUUUUCUGAUGUCAAUGAUAUAAAUACAAAUGAAUUUACUGGUACCAUUUCAAAAUCUCAUCGAAUAACCAAUUCAGAUCCAUAUUACAAUAAUAAAAUGAAGAAUAUGAAUAAAUCUAUUAAAAAAUCUUCAUCUACACCAUUGAUAUCAUCUAAAUUAGAAUUAGAUAGAUUUAUACCUGGAAACAAUAUUACAAAUAUAAUCAAUUCAUCUAUUGAUAGUAACAAUAAUUGUAAUUUCGAUGAUCAAUUGCAUACAAAAUCAUCUCCUCAAAAUAAUAAUGAUAAUGAAUUGAUAUGUUACUGUUGGGGUAAUUUAAUGAUCAAUACAUUUACUGAUAAUUCAACUGGAUUCAGUGAAAUUUUGAAUUCAUUAGAUGAAUGUAAUGUAAAUAAUAGUUCCACUGAUGAUAGUAACUAUAUCAAUGGUGAUGAUGAUAAUGAUUAUGAUGAUGAUGAUAAAUCUCUAAUCAAUAAUGAAUUAUUGGAUAUAUUAAUGAAGGGUUCAUUUAUUCAAGAUUCUUCAACUUUUGAAUCUUCAUGUGAUAAUUCUCACCCUUUUUCCAUAAUCAAUAAUCCAUGUAAUUCAUGUGAUAGUUUUGAUGAGAUCAGUUCAACUUUAUCUACUGGAUUGUACUUAUGUCUUUUACAGCCUGUAUGUAGUAAAAAUUCAUCAUUUGAUGAUUUGACAAAUCAUGUGUAUUCCAUAAGCAACGAUACUGAAUAUAAUCAUAAUAACACUAUUAGUAAUGAUAGUAAUGAUAAUAAUAUUGGUGGAGACGUAAAUCAAAAUAAUCUCUUAGAUUCAUCUGUCCAUUUACUUGAAGAUUCACAAAAGUCAGCUGCUAAUGAUAAACAGGAUUCAUCAAUUUCUUGUGAGUUACAUAAAAGCAUCAAUAUUAGACAGUCAGAUGAAUCAUUAACGGAACUCUCCAAUGUUGAUACAACAUCAUCAUCAUCAUUACUUAAUGUAUCGACGUCAAUGAAAAUCCCUUCCCUUGAACAAAACAAGGAAUGUAAACAAUCAAAAUCUUUCCAAUGUCAUAUAUAUUUAAAUUGUGCUUUGACAAUAAAAAUGGUUCAAGGAAAUUAUACAGACUGUUUCGAUAUUGAAGAUCAGAGUGGUAUAAUCAAUUAUUCUUAUCUUGAGUUUAUUCAUCCUGAUGAUCUACAAAAUGUUAUUACUAUUUUUAAUAGAAUAAUUCAUACAAAUUCUCUGGCAUGGGUCAAUCCAUACAGAGUAUCAGUACAUAAUAAAAUGGUAAACAAUAAUACUGAAAAAUCCUAUCGUUGGAUACGUAGUUUAGUAUCGUAUAACAAAAUGAAAAAUAUUUUUAUAUGUUCCAGUCAGUUUCUUGGAUUAUGUGAAUUAUACACUUGUGCUGUUGGAUCGAAUCAAAGGUUAUUAAGUGUAACUUUUGAACUUUCACUUAAACAAUUUGAAUUAAAACUAAAUAAUACUAUCAAUGACAAUUAUAUCUCUUCUCAAAACAUAAUGAAACCAUUCAAAUGUAAUCCUUCAAAUGAAUAUUCAAUUAAUCGUCGUUAUCAUCAACAAUUGAAAAGUAAACAAGUUCGUAUAUCUAAUUCAUCAUUUCGUCCGGUACGCUUAAAAAAACCAUCUACAUCAUUAGUGAUUAAAAAUAGUAACAUUAUUAAACCUAUCAAAUUGUUUCCAUUUCAAUCUACUCAAUAUAUAAAACAACAAUCAGGACAAGGAUAUAAUCAAAUUAUUUCUACAAAUAAUCAGAUUAGUUCCAUUAGGCUACUUUCAUUUAAUAAUAAUAGUAAUAAUAAUAAUAAUAAUAAUAAUAAUAAUAAUAAUAGUAAUAAUAAUAAAGUGCCUUGUUUAUCUCAUUUGAAUUCACAUUUAUAUGAUACUAAUAAGGCUAAUGAUAAUAGACAAAUAAAUUCUGUAUUAAAUAUUUCUACAACCAAAUCUUCAUUGCAUCAUUCUCCUUCAAAUAUAUCAUCAGUUCCAUAUUAUGUAAAAUCUAUGUUACCAGUAGUUAAUUAUACACCAUCAACAUCAUCAUUGUCAUCACCUUCAAAAAAGUUAAUUUUCUUAUCUUCAGCUUCAUCUUUACCAUCAUCUGUUUCAACAAAAUCAAUAAUGUUAAAUAAAUUACAAACAUUUAAUACUUCCAAUAUAUCUAAGAAUAAAUUUCGAAAUGAUGAUAAACGUGGUAAAUAUAUUGAAUAUUCAACAAUGUGCCAAGACAACAAACCUACAAUUUUACAUAAUACUACUAUUACUAAUAAUAAUAUUCAUUCUUCAUCAUAUUCACAAAUAAAUGAUCUUUACAAUCAAAUGGUACUUGCUCAUGACAACAAUAAAACAUUGAACCCAAUGAAAUUAACUGUAAAACCUGUUUAUAAUGAUCAUCAAUGGAAAUCUGGAGAUAAUUGGUCAUCAUCUUUAACAGACAAUUCAUCACCUCAUUCAGUAUAUUCAUCUCAUGGAUCAAGUACAUCAAUCGAUCUUAGUCCAAAUGAACAAAAUCUAACAGAUUUAAGUGUGGAUAUGCAAAUGGAAGCUACUGUUAGUGAACUAUUAGAAUCAAUACCAUUAUCAAACAAAUUAUCGUAUGAUAAUGACGGAGUACAAAUGCAUAUAGAUUUUAAUGGUAAUUCAUAUGAUUCAAAUAUAUUUGAGCAUGAAGACUCAGAACUAUUACCAUUAGAUUCUGAUUUUGAAAUUAAUGAAAAUUUUACUGGAUUUCAACCAGAUUUGAUACCUGAUUCAAAUUUUCUCAGUAGUCCUGUUUAAAGAAAUAAAAGAAAUGUACCGAAUUCAAAUAAAACAAACCCUUAAUUGAAAUUAUGAAAGAAGCUUGAAUCCUAUUCUUAGUUACAUCUUUAAAAGAAGAAAAUAAUCAGUAAACUGUUCAAAGUGAACAAAUUUCGAUCAUCGUCAUUUCAUGACUGUAUAGUUUUUUGUGAUUUUGUCUUCAUUUAAAAUGUUAUUUAUUGAAAGUGAAAAUAUUGCUUAGUUCCUUUUUGAUAUAUCCUUACUCCUUUGACUAGUACUUCCUUACCUAUCUAUCUAUUCAUAUAUUUGUGUAUCUACAUAAUUACCUUACUUAAAUAACUUAUUUAUCUGUAUAAUUUAUAUUCAAUGUUAACCCCGCAUUGUUAGUCCAGAAGAGAAUUUGAUAUUUAAGAAAAUGUGUAGUAAUGUAUACAGAAGUAAUUUUGAACGAAAACAUGAAAAAGAAAAGCAUAUUUCUAUUCAAUAAGAACAAAUUAUUUUUUUAUCCAUUGACUUCUUGUUAAGUUACGAGGC